AUGCGUGAGAGGUAUUCUCCUAACCUGGCUAUGAGUGCAUCAGGGACUUGUUUGAUGCAUUCGACUAUUGCUAUCCAUAUCGGCGCAGGGAUAUCUGAAGAUUUGUCCUCAUAUUCAGCAGCUUUGAAAUGGUGGCAGUCCCAAGCCGUCACCGCUUUGAAGUACGACAAGCUUUACAACCUCCCAUUCCUCGUGGUCUCCUACCUGGACGGGUGGUGGCUCGAGGUCGUCGUCGGCUGGGAAGUCCUCUGCAUCGGCGUUGCAGGGCUCUAA